GCGCCGCACCCGCAGCAGCACCCGCCGCAGCAUCCGCAGAACCAGGCGCAAGGCAAGGGCGGCCACCGCAGCGGCAAGGCCGCCGCCGCCGCCGCCUCGUCCUCGGCGUCCUGCUCGCACAGGCUCGGCCGGGUGCUCAACUUUCUCUUCUACCUCGCCCUGGUGGCGGCGGCCGCCUUCUCGGGCUGGUGUGUCCACCACGUCCUGGAGGAGGUCCAGCAGGUCCGGCGCGGCCACCAGGACUUCUCCCGGCAGAGGGAGGAGCUGGGCCUGGGCUUGCAGGGCGUCGAGCAGAAGGUGCAGUCUCUUCAAGCCACAUUCGGGACUUUUGAGUCCAUCUUGAGGAGCUCCCAGCAUAAACAGGACCUCCUGGAGAAAGCUGUGAAGCAAGGGGAGAGUGAGAUCAGCCGGAUCAGUGAGGUUCUGCAGAAGCUCCAGAAUGAGAUUCUCAAGGACCUCUCCGACGGCAUCCAUGUGGUGAAGGACGCCCGGGAGCGGGACUUCACGUCUCUCGAGAACACGGUGGAGGAAAGGCUGACGGAGCUCACCAAGUCCAUCAACGACAACAUCGCCAUCUUCACCGAAGUCCAGAAGAGGAGCCAGAAGGAAAUCAACGACGUGAAGGCGAAGGUCGCCUCUCUGGAAGACUCCGAGGGACACAAGCAGGAUCUGAAAGCACUGAAGGAAGUUGUGAAGGAAAUCCAGUCCUCAGUGAAGUCCCGAGAAAAGGACAUUGAGGCCUUGAGAAGCACCCUCCAGACCUUGGAGUCUGACGUCUACACGGAGGUCAAGGAGCUGGUGAGCCUCAAGCAGGAGCAGCAGAAAUUCCAGGAGGCGGCCAAUUCGGAGCACCUCACCUUGCAGGCCCUCACGGAUAAGGUGCUCCAGUCUGAGGAGGCCGCCUCCCACGUCUCUGAGGACAUCAGGAGACUUGAGGAGGAGCUGCGCCACCUGGAAACCAAGGCCCUCAGGCCGGAAGAAGGGGUUUACAAAACCUCUGAUGCCUUAGAUGCACUCCAGGAGAGGAGCCGGGGAUUGGACUCGAGGCUCCAAGCUGUGGAAGACGGGGUGGACGCCGUGCAGACAGCCUCUGAGCGGCACAGCGAGACCCUGAAGGCCCUGCUGGCCAAGAGCGAGGAGCAGGAGCGGCGCCUGGCCGCCCUGCAGGAGCGCGUGGCGGGCCUGCGCCCCGCGGAGGGUGACGCGGGAGGCCUGGCCAGCACGGUGAGGAGCCUGGGCGAGGCCCAGCUCUCGCUCUACGGCGACGUGGAGGACCUCAAGAGAAGCAUGGGCGAGCUCCCCAGCACCGUGGAGGCUCUCCAGAAGGUGCAGGAGCAGGUCCACACCCUGCUGGGGCAGGACCCGGCCCGGGUGGCCCCCUCGCCUUCUCAGGACUUCCUGGACAGACUCUCUUCUCUAGACAACCUCAAAGCCUCCGUCAGCCAAGUGGAGUCAGACUUGAGGAUGCUCAGGACUGCCGUGGACAGUUUGGUGGCCUACUCGGUGAAGAUAGAAACCAACGAGAACAACUUGGAAUCGGCCAGGGGCUUGCUAGACGACCUGAGGAAUGACCUGGACAGGUUGUUUGUGAAAGUGGAGAAGAUCCACGAAAAAGUCUGAGUGAAUCGUGUGUGCAGGGCGCAGAUUUAAAGUCCAGUUUCUCAUGACCAAAAAAUGUGUUGUUUCCUCCCUCGUGUCCCGCUUCCCCCACGUUCUUGUCCCCACUCUUAAAAAGCAGUGACCUCCUUCCCCCCGGCCCGAACCCCAAGGCAUUUUAUAUUCUCGAGCCCACUUAAUUUAUUUACGGCCAUUACCACACACCAUGGGUUUCUCAAGUUUUCUGCUUCUGCUUUCGGUUGGUUUGCUGAAGGCCAGGCCCCUGCAAAUCAGGGGCGCCUUUUAGAAGGGAUGGCGCUCAUGUCAGAGAAGAAUGGCUUCAACUGAGGAUUAACAGAAGCAGAUUAACUGUCACCUCAGAAAACCCUGCCUGGCCAGCAGAUUUCAAGGAAAAAAGUGGGGGGAGGAGGCGCUUUUGUUUCUAAUUGUCAUUAAGAAAAAUUAAGUUUACUUUUUUUUUUUUUAACUACUUCUGGCCGAAGUUUUCACGAGCUGUCACUCCCUUCUGUCUUCCACGUUAAACUGGCUUAAAUUCACGAGCGGCAGCUCUCCAUGGGGAGGGGCCUGCUGCCUCGAGCUUUAGGUUGAAAAGAACCAGCUGCUUGACACAACGGCCGCCUCCGAUGGUGUGGGGUGGCUUUUCCAUUCCUGAAUCAUCCUGUGAUCUCCAAGUUAACUAUGCAAAGCAUCCAGAUGGUUCCGACUGUGAAGGCGCAGCACCCCACGGAGUCCCCCAGUGGCCAUCCUGUGCUCCCCGCCCUUGGCAGGGUCCCCAAAUAAUGCAUAGGUUGUGAAGCCCGAGAAAGGGGACUCCUUGGAUUCUUUCAGGAAGUGUGUCCAACAGAGGCAUGGGCUGUCUCCCCAUGGGAAUGGAGGCCAAGAGUUUUUAUUUUACCAUGGUGUCCACGAAGAGGCCUGCUGUCAGGGCAGACCCCCAUUUGUCAGUGAGGAAUGUGUGCGUUUUCUGUAGUUUUUUGCUGUUUCUCUUUACCUUCGAGCUGUACUGUUCUUUAAUGGCUGUCUUGCCCUUCAAAGAAGGAAAAAGAAAAAAAAAGAAAAUUAAGAGGAAAAAAAGGUUAGUUUACUGUGAAAUGAACUGUAUGGCUUAUUUACAGUAUUUUUAAUUCUUAAUAAACACUUGAGCUUUGUUACAA